AUGCAUAGAAUCCAUCUAGAAGAGAAUGCUAAAACCUCUCGGGAAUGUCAAAGAAGGCUAAAUCCAAAUAUGAAAGAAGUAGUUAGAGAAGAGGUCAUAAAAUUGUUAGACGUAGGUAUCAUUUACCCUAUUUCUGAUAGUCAAUGGGUUAAAAAUGCUUUUGUCUUUGAUAAUAAUUGCCAUGUUGCCUUUGAAAAAUUAAAAAAUUUGUUGACUACUGCACCCAUUAUUCGACCUCCUGAUUGGAAACUACCUUUUGAAAUAAUGUGUGAUGCUUCUGAUUAUGCUAUAGGUGCUGUCUUAGGACAAAGACUUGAAAAAAUACCUCAUGUAAUUUACUAUGCUAAAUUUGACUUAGAAAUACAUGAUAAAAAAGGAUCUGAAAAUGUUGUUGCUGAUCAUUUAUCUAGACUAGUUGUUGAAACUAUACAUGAUUCCACCCCUAUCACUGAAACUUUUCCUGAUGAACAAUUGAUGCAUGUUUCUUCCUUGCCUUGGUAUGCUGAUAUUGUUAAUUAUUUGGUCACUAAAGAAAUACCAUCUCAUUGGUCUAAGCAUGAUAAAUCUAAAUUUUAUUCUGAGGUGAAAAACUUUAUUUGGGAUGAUCCUUACUUGUUUAAAUACUGCCCUGAUCAAAUAAUUAGAAGAUGCAUUCCAAACUGUGAUCAAUCUAAAAUCAUAUCUUUCUGUCAUGAUCAUGCAUGUGGAGGACAUUUUAGUGUCGAUUAUGUGUCUAAAUGGGUUGAAGCUAUUGCAUGCCACACUAAUGACCACAAAGUUGUGCUUCGUUUUUUGAAAGAAAAUAUAUUUUCUCGUUUUGGUUCACCACGUGCUAUAAUUAGUGAUAACGGUACACACUUUUGUAAUAGGCCAUUUGAACAUUUGAUGAAACAAUAUGGCAUUACGCAUAAAGUCUCAACACCAUAUCACCCACAAACUAGUGGUCAAGUUGAAGUGUCUAAUAGGGAAGUUAAGCACAUUUUAGAAAAAACUGUGAAUGUUUUUCCACAUGGAGCUAUUGAAAUUGAAAAUCCUAAAAAUGGUGAUAUAUUUAAAGUUAAUGGACAAAAAUUAAAACCAUUUUUAGAAUUAAAAACUGAUGAAGUGGAUGAGAUACUCCUUGAGGACCCUGUUUACCAUGCUCUUUGAGUCCUAUUUGAUCUUGACAACUUGUGUUUUAUUUGUAUUAUUGUUUUAUGUGUGAUUUAAUUUUUGUUCGUUGUAUCUUGUUCUCUCUUCGCAAUGCACAAUAUCGAGGUACGACCAUUCUAAACUUUACACUCUU